UGAAUAUCCCUCCCUGCAUAUUGUCAUGGUCUUUUGCUAUUUAGAAUCCUUGGGACGUCCGGGAUCAAAGGCCAUUGGGAUUGAAAUGGCAAAUGGUUAAGGUAAGGAUAAGGGUAGGGGUUAGGUUACGGACGUCCUAAACAUACCGUAUAGCAUUAACCAUUAUUGUCACGAAGAGGAUCAACUGUCAAUUGGGCUGGAGGUUCUGUAAGACCCGCCCUAUGUGCUCGACUGUUUGUAUGUGCGUUUAUAUAUAUAACAGUGCAGGUCUGGCAUACCAACUCUGGUGUCCACACUUUGACGAGACAGAGGGAGGAAGGAAGGACACACAGUGUGACACGCAAAGCCAUCUCCCAUCAUCCUCGGUUGAUAUUUGCCUUUCGGAUCUACAGUCGCACAAUAGAAAAUACGCAUUUACCAAGAUGCCCAAGCCACUGACAGACCAGGAUAAGAGGAAGCAGAUAUCGGUGCGGGGGCUUGCAGGAGUGGAAAAUGUUUCAGACCUUAAGACGAAUUUUAAUCGCCAUCUCCACUUUACUCUGGUAAAGGACCGAAAUGUGGCGACCAAACGGGACUACUACUUCGCCUUGGCCAACACUGUCCGCGACCACCUGGUGGGCAGAUGGAUCAGGACGCAGCAGCACUACUAUGAGAAAGACCCCAAACGUGUGUAUUACCUGUCCCUGGAGUUCUACAUGGGGCGCACCCUGCAGAAUACCAUGGUGAACCUGGCUCUGGAGAACGCAUGCGACGAGGCUACCUAUCAGUUGGGCCUGGACAUGGAGGAGCUGCAGGACAUUGAGGAAGAUGCCGGCCUGGGAAAUGGUGGCCUUGGACGGCUCGCCGCCUGCUUCCUAGAUUCCAUGGCGUCUCUGGGACUGGCAGCUUACGGCUACGGCAUCCGCUAUGAGUUCGGCAUCUUCAACCAGAAAAUUGUGAAUGGCUGGCAGGUAGAGGAGGCUGACGAUUGGCUGCGCUACGGCAACCCCUGGGAGAAGGCCCGCCCCGAGUACAUGCGACCCGUCCACUUCUACGGCAGAGUGGAGCACACCCCCGAGGGUGUGAAAUGGGUCGACACACAGGUAGUGUUGGCCCUUCCUUAUGACACCCCAGUCCCUGGCUACAGGAACAACGUUGUGAACACCAUGAGACUGUGGUCUGCCAAGGCCCCCUGUGAUUUCAACCUGAAAGACUUCAAUGUGGGUGGCUAUAUUCAAGCUGUGCUGGACAGAAACUUGGCUGAGAACAUCUCCCGUGUUCUGUAUCCCAAUGACAACUUCUUCGAGGGGAAGGAGCUUCGUCUGAAGCAGGAGUACUUUGUGGUGGCGGCCACUCUGCAGGACAUCGUGCGUCGCUUCAAGUCCUCCAAGUUCGGUUCCACUGAGGUUGUGCGCGUUGACCUGUCCACCCUACCUGACAAGGUGGCCAUCCAGCUGAACGACACCCACCCUGCCAUGGCCAUCCCUGAGCUGAUGAGGAUCUUGUUGGACACGGAGCACCAGAAAUGGGAGAAGGCCUGGGACAUCUGCACACGUACCUGUGCCUACACCAACCACACCGUCCUGCCUGAGGCUCUGGAGCGCUGGCCCACAGACCUGCUCCAGAACCUUCUGCCCAGACACCUGGAGAUCAUCUACGAGAUCAACCGACGUCACCUGGAGCGCAUCGCUAAGCUCUACCCCGGGGACCAUGAUCGCCUGCGCCGCAUGUCCCUAGUGGAGGAGGGCGACCAGAAGAAGGUCAACAUGGCCCACCUGUGCAUCGUGGGCUCCCACGCCGUCAACGGAGUGGCCCGCAUCCACUCGGACAUCCUCAAAGCAACUCUGUUCAAGGACUUCUACGAGGUGGACCCCCACAAGUUCCAGAACAAGACCAACGGGAUCACGCCCCGACGCUGGCUGGUCAUGUGCAACCCUGGGCUGGCUGAAGUCAUUGCAGAGAGGAUCGGUGAGGAUUACAUCCGAGAUCUGGAUCAACUGAAGAAGUUGCUGGCGUUUGUGGAUGACGACUCUUUGAUUCAUGACAUCGCCAAGGUCAAACAGGAGAACAAGCUUAAGUUUUCUGCCUAUCUUGAGGAGCACUACAAGGUGAAGAUCAACCCCAACUCCAUGUUCGACGUUCAAGUCAAGAGGAUCCACGAGUACAAGAGGCAGCUGCUCAACUGCCUGCACAUCAUCACUCUCUACAACCGCAUCAAGAAGGAGCCCAACAAGAAUUGGACCCCCAGGACUAUCAUGAUUGGAGGAAAGGCUGCUCCUGGGUACCACACGGCAAAGCUGAUCAUUAGGCUGAUCACUGCCAUCGGAGAGGUUGUCAACCACGACACUGUGGUGGGAGACCGCCUCAAAGUCAUCUUCCUGGAGAACUACAAGGUCACUCUGGCAGAGAAAAUCAUCCCUGCGUCCGACCUGUCUGAGCAGAUCUCCACAGCUGGCACUGAGGCAUCUGGCACUGGCAACAUGAAGUUCAUGCUGAACGGAGCGCUCACCAUUGGCACCAUGGACGGAGCCAACGUAGAGAUGGCCGAGGAGGCUGGAGAAGAGAACCUCUUCAUCUUCGGCAUGAGGGUGGACGACGUGGACGCCAUGGACAAGAGUGGAUAUGAUGCCAUGGACUACUACAACCGCAUUCCUGAGCUGAAGCAGGCCAUGGACCAGAUCGCUGGUGGAUUCUUUAGCCCCGACCAGCACGACCUCUUCAAGGACAUUGUCAACAUGCUGCUACACCAUGACAGAUUCAAGGUGUUCGCUGACUACGAAGCUUACAUCAAAUGCCAAGAGAAAGUCAGUGCUCUCUACAAGAACCCUAAAGAAUGGACCAAGAUGGUGAUCCACAACAUUGCUGGUUGUGGUAAAUUCUCUAGCGACCGCACUAUCUCCCAGUACGCCCGGGAGAUCUGGGGCAUGGAGCCCAGCCUGGAAAGGAUCCCUGCCCCAGACGAUCCUCGCCAAUAAACCCCAGGCCUAAAACCAACCUCUGGUUUUUCCACAGCCCCGGCUUCUGGUUUUGCCUCUGGCUGUUCCACAAAAACCAUUUUAACUUGAGAAAUGGUUUAGAAACCUGAAAGCUCCCUGUAACUAGUACAUUUUCAUUGUGUCAUUUCAUUGUGGUCAGUAUUAGUUGAUGAUUGACUAUACAUGUAGCAAUCCCUGUCCGGCUACGUGAUGGCCAAUAACCUGAUACCACUUUCAACCUCGACAUUCAGCAUUCACCUUGUCAAUGGGCUAAUACAAAAUCAGCAUUCACCGUCUCAAUGGGCUAAUUCAAAAUCAGCAUUCACCUUCUCAAUGGGCUAAUUCAAAUCAGCAUUCACCGUCUCAAUUGGCUAAUUCAAAAUCAGCAUUCACCUUCUCACAUGCACCAGCAAUGCAUAGUCAACUGGCUUGUGCAACAUGAAAAACACUGUUCACCAUCAUUUAAGCUAACAUGGUUAGAGAAUACACCCUUUAACAGUCAGUGGGGCCAACAAGCAGCUGGAAACCUCACCACUGUCUAAUGGUACCAAAACCAUGUCUUCCAAGAAUGAGACAUGGUGGGACAUCAAAAUAAGCACGUUCUUCUCACAUAGACACUGUGAUUCUACACUACUGGUUCGGCCUGCCAAGGAUCACCUCUUUAUUCAUAUCUGCACCGAAUAACCACUCAAGUUGAAGGGACUUGGUUAACAUGCGUGAAUCUUGAUGUUAUAAAACUGUUUGCUCAGUGUAUGUCUGUAUGUUGAAUGUAGUAAUUUGUGCGUGUUAUUAAUGCUUGUGUUUUGGGUAACCCACACACAAUCCUUAUUGCUGAAAUACUUUCUGCUAUAAGCUGCGUUUUGUUUAGAAUGAUCCCAUCAGUAUAUCCUCAAAAAGUUGUUCCAGUGUUGGAAAAUGAUCCUUCAUAUAGUGCAACAAACUAAGCCUUCUCUCCUCCACCUUCUCUGCCUAAUACCUCUCUGAGUGACGAUAAUGCUGCCUUAACUAAGCUGUGUCUGUAGUUGUUCAGCCUAUAGUGACCCCUCACUGUUAAGCUGCAAGUCUUUUUUGAUGUUCAGAUAAAUAACCAUUUCUGGUACAAUAGUAUUUCUCACUGUUUGGAAGUCUUGGAAUAAGUGUGAACACUACUGAAUCACUAGUAAUUGAGUGUGUAGCGUUGAUAAAGAUUGCACAACGUCCAGUAGUUUUCUUCCAUUAGAGAGCCUGAGCACUUAAAGCUUCAAACUCUGCAUUCUCUUGUCAAUGUGAAACAACAGUCAAUAAAGGAGACAAAGUUACAA